CCCAUUUAAUAUUCGCAACUGCAUAUCUUGUGUUUCUUUCCAAUGUCUGAAUGGGUACCUUGAGUCGGAGUUCAUGUUAGGUGCUAGCUGAGCUUUUCAACCUGUACAACCCCCCUAGAUCUGUACAGUUAUUGCCCGUCUACUCCUAGCAGCUGGUGCAAGUCAGAGCGAACCCCGAACAUGUCGAACGUGCUCGUUUCUCAAGUGCCCCUUCAAACUUCCACAGUCGCGUGUGCCUGACGCUCGGAUCAGACCUCCCCAAAGCUCUGGAAUUUUCAAGGCUGAAUGCGAUACAUAGAAUGCAACGUUGAUGAUUCCUCCGGCUAAACCUACAAACCUUCGGUCAACCUAAUAUAGGGGUGCUCCUGCACGACAUACCACAAUGGCCACACAUUUAAACUCUUCAAGCUCCCGCCCACAAUUCACCAACCCCUGGUCAGACUCUCCAUCAAAAAUCUCAGAACCGUCUGAUUAUACCCCUGAUAGCCGCAUCGCGCACACUUUGACUGCUUGUACGCGGUGCAGACAGCGUAAAUCUAGGUGUGAUCCCGGUAUCCCUCGAUGCUCGCCAUGCGAACGCAGCAACGCCAAGUGUGUCUAUUACGAUUCGGCGCGUAAAAGCACGAUAUCAAGGAACUAUAUUGUCUUACUCCGAGAAAGAGCUCGCCAAUUAGAGAGUGAGCUUGCUGAAGUCGAGAGAGAGUUUCAACAUGCAGCGGACGCGGAGCUCAUGGUGCGCGGGGCAGGCCGCAUUCGCUUCAAGGAGAAUGACGAGUCGAGAUAUUUGGGACCAUCCAGCGGUAUUGCGAUCACGCGCCUCGUCAUGGAAAUGGCCAAACAGAACACAGAUUCCAAAAGCAUAAAAGAUGUUGUCCCUGAAAUGACGGCGCAGGAGAUAAAAGAUGCCUUUGCACAAGAGAGCUCAAAGCCAACAUCAAAGGUGUACCCCAUGAUCAGUUCGACGCCACAGCCUACUUUACCUCCAAAACACAUGACGUACAGACUUAUUGAUGUCUUUGUAGUCAAGGCCCAGGCAAUGCUUCCGACAUUGCAUGAGCCUACCUUUCGCGAAGAAGCCGAAGAGGUGCUCAACGGGUCUGAUGAUCCCUGCCAUAAUUUCCAAUUACGCAUGGUCAUAGCCAUCAGCAUGCAAAAGAUGAGCACCGUCUAUGCAGGCUUGGCGGAUAGUUAUUAUCUUGCAGCGCUGCCAUUCUUGGAACCGUCGUUAAAACGAAUGGACCUCCGAUCUUUGCAAUGCCUUGCCCUAAUUGCCCAAUACUCAAUGCUCACGCCAACGAGGACAGCAGCAUACUGGGUGGUGGGAAUGGCAGUCAAGCUAUGUCAAGACCUAGGGCUUACCGAUGAAGCGACUAUUACUCAAUCUCCCAGCGGGCAAACAUUGGACCCUUUAGAGAUUGAUAUGCGAAGAAGACUUUUCUGGAUUGUUAUAUCCAUGGAGUACGGUCUUUCCCAUAGUCUUGGUCGUCCAAAUUGUUACUCCGUUUGUCACGAUCAUAUCAACGUCAAGUUCUUUGAGCCAGUGGAGGACAAAUUUAUCACUCGGGAUGGCUUCCUACCAGGAGCGAAAAUAAUCCUACCGAAGUGCAUAGCUAUUCACUUCCUGAAGAUGCGGCUCCUCCAAGCAGAAAUUCGACGCACGCUCUACCUGAAUAAACGCGAUGUACCAGUCGAUGACCAAGACCCAUGGUUUUCACAAAUGCUUCAGAAGAUCGAUUACUGGGUGGCUUCAUGCCCCAAAAAUGAUGGGGGUAGUGGCUUGAGCGAAAAAUGGUUUCAUGGAAGACGAAAUACGAUGAUUGUCUUCAUGUUCCGGCCUUCUCCCCAAGUGCCGGAGCCUUCUGUUGAUGCUGCGCGAAAAUGCUAUGAUGCGUCCGUGUUCAACGUAGCAAUGCAGAGAGAACAAAUCGCAACGGGAUCCGUUGACUUGACAUGGAUUUUCACCCAGUCACUUUUUAUGGCCUUGAACACUAUCCUUUGGUCUCUCUCUUAUCCCGAUAUUCGCAAGGAGCACCCUAUUGACGAAGUCAAAGGCCAUCUUGGCGUGGCACUGGAGGCUAUCGUUCUUGCUGCACAGAGAUGGCCCGGUGUUGAAUCGGCCCUGGUACUUUAUAGGAGCCUAGUUGCUGCUUGCCUUCGCGCAUAUGCUACCGAAGAUUCCUUCGUCGUCCAUUCGCCUUCCAAUCAUGCAACUCCGUCGUCUUCGCAGGAUGUCACGACACCGCUAUCCGUCUCUAGCCCUGCAAAUACGUCAGCAUCGUUUCACUCACAUGGAGCUCGUGCAGCGAAUUCUUCUGUUCCUGGUAGUAGCGCAUCGGGUGGCACGUUUUCAAGGGGGCCUUCUGCAGACCCCUCAUUCUCUUUCUCCCAAGGGUCAAUCUCAUCACCUAUUGCCACUGAAUCAUUGAAGGCCGCGCAGCAUCCAUCCUGGGAUGCUCAACUUACUCCGCAAUCCAUAUCAACCACCACACAACCCUCGUAUAGUUCCCCCCAAUCCUACAAUGUACCGACACCUUCCUACGCAGACUUAUCGUUCGACCCGACAACUCCAUACAACCCAUUUCCAUCCGUCGUUCCUGGCUUGCCAGGCUGGGAUCCCAAUUUCAAUCUAGCCUCCACCACGGCUAGUCAUCUAGCCUAUGUCGAUGCGACAGUCGAUCCCAUGAACUGGAUCGAGACGAUAGGAGAUCAAUAUUCCCAAUACACCAACGGCGCUUACCCAAUGCCCCCGUGGCGAGGAAGAACGCUCAGCCAUCAAGAGCAGAUGGAGCUGAUGGAAACGUUAGAAGACAACAUUCCUGACGUUUCGGCGCAGUUAUUAGUGCAAGAAUCUGCGACAUUCUACCAAUCGUGACAUGUUGGUCGUUUGAAAGUUUUCUACGAGGGCGCUUCGCUCUCUUUGAUUCGGUCAAAUCAGCGUGUUUGUUGAGCUUUUUUAUUGCAUGGGCCAUUGUUGUCUCUAUUUUGGUGUGCUUCUUUUUAUUGUGUUACCAUAAUUAUUUUGGAUUCAUGGAUCUCAAUAUACCCAAGGGUCAUCGUGCUGGGAAGUUAAUGAGGUUCAUCUGGGUGUUUGGAGCGAGUCGGUUCCGAUCACUAGGUUCGGGAUUUAUGAGUUCAAUCGAUGGUUUUGGUAGAAGAGUAUGAGCUUAAUUCAAUGUCUUUGGGUGUUUGACAUGGCUUAGGGGUCCGAGAGAAUGCAUCACUUCCCCAACAAGCCAACUGCAAAUUCUAUAGAUGGGACAAGUCUAUCUAGCUCUAGGUCUAGAAGCAAGGAAAUCUCCGGAAGAAACUAUGCAAUAACCCCAGGUAAUACUUUCCGAGGGGCUAUUCCCUCCAGGUUUAGACAAGCGCCCAACAGGGGGCGUGAGAGCCGCUAGUAAAGCGCUUCGUGCCCAUGCGUGUCGUGGCAUACAUAGAUCACAACCACGGGAAGUAAUGUCUAGAUGACCAAACCUGCGAUGGUCAACAGGGUGAACACGAUAAGCAGGAAGUACCUUGUCCAGAGAGACAGAAAGAGUGAAGGAGAAAAAGAGGGAAUAUCCGUUACCGAUGCAUACUCCGUAAUUUACCCGACGAUACGCCCGAGUAUCGGUA